AUGAGGAUGAUACCUUAUGCAUCUGUAGUUGGGAGCAUUAUGUAUGCUCAAGUCUGCACUCGACCAGAUAUCGCUUACAUCGUCGGUAUGCUAGGACGUUAUUUGUCUAAUCCUGGAUUGGCACACUGGAAAGCGGCUAAAAAGGUUCUACGAUAUCUGCAAGGGACCAAAGACUACAAACUAACUUAUAGAAGGAGUGAUGACUUAGAAGUAGUAGGAUAUUCUGAUUCCGAUUUUGCUAAAAGCAAAGAGGACAAGAAAUCUACUUCUGGAUAUAUUUUCAUGUUAGCUGGCGGACCUAUCUCUUGGCGAAGUCAUAAACAGAAACUGACUGCAACGUCCACCAUGAUGGCUGAAUAUAUUGCCGUUUACAAUGCCACUUGUCAUGGGAUGUUGUUAAGGAACCUUGUCAGUGGACUUAAAAUCGUCAAUUCUAUUUCUAGACCAUUGAAGCUUUACUGGUGUACUCAACAAGAUUUGGUGUAG